AUGUCUCAAGACUUGACAAAGGAGCAGCAGCUGUUUGACCAGGAAGUCACUAGGAUCGAAAACUGGUGGAACACUCCUCGUCAAGCCGGUAUUCAAAGACCAUGGACAGCAAGCACCAUUGCGGCCCUGCGCAACACUGAGCCCCUGCCUUGUCAUGUCAACCCCUUCGCUCUCAAGUUGUGGGAUCUACUCCAUGAACACCGCAGCAGAGGUACAGCGGAGAUGACAUUCGGUGCCACCGACCCAGUUGCUGUGAGCCAGAUGGCCAAAUAUAUGAAGACUGUCUAUGUCUCGGGAGGAUUGUCCGGUUUCAGCGAGAACAACUAUCCGGGUAUGGAUCAUGCAGACUAUCCAUGGGAUACGGUGCCCAAAGUGGUGGACAAAAUCUUUCGGGGUCAGCAGUGGCAUGACCAAAGGCAACGGCAAGUCCGAAUGCAGCAUCCUGUAGAAGAGCGUGCGACGAUGGAAAAUUGGGAUUACUUAAUGCCCAUUAUUGCAGACGGUGAUAUGGGUUUUGGAUCACUGACAGCCACGCUCAAGUCAACCAAGGCCCUUGUUGAAUCUGGGGCGGCGGGCAUUCACAUCGACGACUUGGCCAUUGGCAUGAAGAAAUUCACCAUUGGUCAGGGGCGUACUAUUGUUCCCACGUCGGAGUAUGAAGACCGUAUCAAGGGCUUGCGUAUGCAGCUGGACAUCAUGGGUGCCGAGACCGUUCUUUUUGCCCGCUGUGAUCUCGACCACGCUGAUUUUAUAACGUCCACCAUCGAUCCCCGUGAUCACGAAUAUAUCCUCGGCGCCACCGCAGAUGUCAGACCUUUGCAACAAGUUAUUGACGAGGCGAUUAUGUCUAAAAAAUCGUCGAACGCUGUAAGAGACGAAUGGCUUGCUUCUGCUGGAAUUAUGACGUUCGACGAAGCGGUAGAGCAGCAAUUUCUCAAUUUGACUAAACAUUCCACGAAAUCUGUUGAUUCUCAGUUGGAUGGCAAUGCUUUUGAUACGUACAAGUCUCAAGUCAAAUAUGGUACCUGUCUGUCCCGACGUCGCAAUCUUGCCAAGAAGCUGCUGGGUGUCAACGUCCCAUUCGAUUGGGAACUUCCUCGCUCUCACAACGGCCAGUAUUUAUACAGAUCAACAGUGAAAGCUAUCGUCGAGCGUGCUACACUUGUUGCUCCGCUAAGUGACGUUUCGUGGGCACGCAUGGACCUUCCCGACUAUAAUGAUAUCAAGGCCUAUCACGAAGCGAUGCUCGCUUGUUUUCCUGGCCGACUCUUCGCAUUUGCCUGGGGCGGCGAAUGGAAGUUCCCGCCAUCAUCAGGCUGGACGUCAGAGAGGCUGAAGACUGUGUCGCAGGACAUGGCCAAGGAGUACGGCGUGGUUUGGCAGAUCCAGCCGAUGUACAUGAUCCAGGGCGUCAAUAUGGAGAUAGAAAGAUCCGCAGCAAUGUGGGUUACAGACGGCAUGGGUGGAUAUUACGACAAAAUCCAGCGUAGGGCAACUGAAAGGAAGCCUUGGAAGGUCGAUGGUUAUGAAAAGAUGAGUUGGUGUGGUGGAUACUUAAGCGAUGCUUUUUUUGCGGCCAUAGCUGGUGAGGAAAUUGCUAGAAAGUAA